AGGAAUUGGUGAGGCAUAUAGCACUGUCAAUAUCAACGUCGACUUCAAUUAUAAAGAUAUUUACAAGCCAAUUGGAAGUAUAAGUCACAUAUAAAGGACUUAAUACACCGCCGGGCUCUCUCUAUACCUAAUAGCCACAGACAAAUUAGUCUAUAAUAUAGUCGCCGUCAUGGCUUCAGCAUUCCUCACAACUGGACGUCGCAAGGAGGGCGAGCAGGUUCUCGCAUUCAUUGGCUGUGGCACCCUCGGAACCGGCAUUCUCACCGGCAUAAUGUCCUACGUCGGCAAAGAAGGCCCAGCCUUCGUCCAAGACGAAGCCGGCAACACCGAACCCCUCCCCUUCCUCCAAGACAAAGAAGGCAACCACCUCUUCCCCCCCACCAGCUACAUCGCAACCUGCCGCUCCAACAGCGCAGUAGAGCGCAUCACCGCCGCCGUCGACAGCGCCAACACCACCGGCGAAACCUUCAAAGUCAUCCAAAACGACAACGUCAAGGCCUGCCAGGAAGCAGACGUCAUCAUCCUCGGCUGCAAACCCUACAUGGUUUCCGGCAUCCUCUCCAAGCCCGGCAUGAUCAAGGCGCUUGAGGGAAAACUCCUCAUCUCUAUCUGCGCUGGUGUUGCGGCUGAGGAUAUCGAGAACACCCUAUACGGUGGCAAGCCCGGUGGUGUCGGACGCUGCACCGUUGUACGCACGAUGCCUAACACCGCGGCGGGGAUCGGGCAAUCGAUGACUGUCCUUGCCACCCCAGCAACUCCAAUCGACGAGAGUGUCUCCCUCCUCAUCGAAACGAUCUUCAAGUGCGUCGGCGAGGUCGUAUGGCUCCCUCCAAACUUGAUGGAUGCCUCCACCGCCCUCUGCGGAUCCGGCCCAGCAUUCUUCCUCCUCCUCCUCGAGGCUGCGAUUGACGGCGGUGUUGCGAUGGGACUGCCGCGCGCAGAGGCUACGAAGAUGGCGGCGCAGACGAUGAAGGGUGCGUGUAUGGGUGUUCUUGGGGAUAAGGAGCAGGGAAGGGCACCUGUUCACCCUGCUGUGUUGAAGGACCGUGUUACCACCCCUGGGGGGUGCACUAUUGGCGGGCUGAUGGUGUUGGAGGAUGGUGGUGCGAGGGGGGUCGUUUCGAAGGCUAUUAGAGCCGCGACGGUGGUGGCGAGUAAGUUGGGGCAGGGCGUAAAGAAUGUGAAUGGUGCGAAUGUUUAGAGGGGGUAGAUACCAUCGGUGGUUGGGCGGUUCCAAAGCUCGCCAGUCCCGUUAAAAGUAGAGAAAUAGACAACUUGUACAUAGAAAAGCAUGGACAGACAAUAGAAGUCAAUACCACG